AUGGCUAUAGGAGACAUGGCACAAGAGAGACAUGCACUCUACUAUCCUCCGGAAGUCCUUGAACUCAAUUGGAAUAAUACUUCCAAGGAGAAAAUCCAAGAGGCUUUCAAAAUAUGGGCUGGCACUUAUGAUAGGGUAUGUUUUGAAUUGCCAAAAUUGUUUGGUAGAGAACAGCCGAUAUUUCGCCAGGCCACCUCUAGUUUUCCUGCAAAAUGACGUCGGAGGAACGACUGCAGAAAUGCAGUGCUGAUGACGAGUCACUACCCGGCAGAUCUGCGUAGUGCUUCUGAUUGAUUGAAGCAAAUUUCCCUCCCGGCAAGACUAAUCAGAAACAGUACCUAGCUCUUACAACAUCAUCAGCGAGUGUGAAAUUUCUGCGCUAUGCCACAGACGUCAUUAGUGGUGGAGUCGCGAAAUGGUUGCUGUUUCCUUAGGCUAUGUUUUGGUCCGGCUGACACUUGUUACAUGUGGCAGGUGUUGUUUGUUACUGUGAAAACUCCAUCUUUGAAGGACAGUGAUCGAGAUGGGAACGUUUCAAGCCAAAUCACAUGUAAUGUAGGGUUCAUACGAAGAAAACUCAAGCCCUAGGGCAGUUACUAAUUCCAAAAGUGCUUGAAUAGGCAGUUUAAUGCAACUGCCAUGUGACUCUCAUCAACUGAAAGAAAAAUUUCAAGCUAGAGCGAAAUAAUUUUCAGUAAUAAAUUCGGAAGCAUAUCUAAGUUAGUGAAAAAGCAAAUUUUCAGGCUAGUGCUAUUCGAUGGAGCAAAUUAAUCUAAGGGGAGGUCGGGCAGUGCAACAAUUUCAAACAAAUCGAAUAUUUCGAAAACAAAAAAAUAUUUUGGUAAAAUUGUAUGGAGGUGACAACAAAAACCUCGCCACCCAGUUAAAAUUUCGUUUAUUAAGUUAAUUUUGAUCAAUUAGUCUUUCUUAAAAAUGCAAACGUAGUAUCGUCAUGGUCUCUGGUAGUCUCCCUCGCAGCCGUUUUUGUCUCCUCACGCAGCGGGAAGUCUCUGGAAUUAUUUCAAAAAUUUCUACCAUUCAUUUGAAUAUUAUUUGACUUCUUAUAUGGCGAUGUUCUCUAUCCAAAAAACAAACACUAGAGCAUUCUCCGAGAGUCUCUGCUUAAUUUCCCAGAAUCACUCACAUUUUCCUCGUGAGCUUUGGUUGCAAUAAUAUUCCCUGCGAUAUUCUGUCCUGAUUAGCUGACCCUGGGUCCAAAGGGUGGGGAAAGCAUUGUCUGGUUUAGGGUUAGGAACGCAAAUUGUCUUUAUUGGCAUGGAUGGGGAGAGAUGGCUUGUUAUGCAGGCUAUUAAUUGAGUUUUUGUGUCAUAGAGUUUCACCCAGAUCGUCUAGAAAGAAAAGUCACUUAACAAGCACAUUCAGCCUGGUCAGUAAGGAGCUUUAACUGCGUUAAGGGUAGGACGAGGAGACUGAGAUGGCUAAGGCUAAACUACACCCUCUUUUUUGGUAGAAAUAUAUUUUUAUAUAAGAAUCGAGGCUGAUUGGUAUUUAUGUCACAGGAUUUCACGCAGAUUCAAAAGUUAAUGCAGAAUGAAAAACGCUUAACAAGCACAUUCUGCCUGGUCGGUUAAAAGGUUUUUCAUGCAUGUUUAUUCAUUUUUUCUUUUUAGUGGGUUCUUGAGGGUUCCGCCCCUGGCACCCCUGGUUGUUACUCCCAUUUAUCAUGUGGAGAAGCCUUCUUCAAUGCGGCUAAGGACCUCUAUGGCGAAAGCAAGAAAGACCUCAAAAUAUUGGAUUGUGGCUGUGGGUCAGGACUGUCUGGUCAAGUUCUGAAGGACAAAUAUGGAUAUGAUAACCUUACUGGGCUGGAUGUGUCUGAAGAUAUGUUAGAUAUCGCUAGACAAAGAAAAAUCUACAAGACUAUUAUCAGUGCCUUCGUAGAUACCGACAGAAUAAAAGAGAUACAAGAUGGUGAAUAUGACGCCGUUAUCUCCUCUGGAGUGUUCCAAACUGGUCAUAUGAGAGCCAAUGCUUUGGAUGAAAUCACUCGCUGGAUUAAGCCAGGUAAUUUGUCACUACUUUGACUUCUUGUGUGAGUUGUGUAUCAAGAAAUCGAGAGGUAAAAGUGAGAUGACCUUUUUGGAAAAAUAUAAUAAGCAAAUGACUUCGCUUUUUUUUUCUUCAGUUCAGUGACUUCUAUAGAUCUUAAAUCCCACGCUACUCAACGUCUAAACAUGCCUUCACAUAAAAUGUAGGCUUAUUUCUUGGAAUUUUUUUUAAAAAGUUGACUUUAACUUCUUUUAGAAUUGAAAGCCCUGCAAAGCAAGAUGACGUCUAAGGGGUACCCCGCAUACCGUGGUAAAACCGUUGAAAUCCCUCGCUAAUCAGCCCUGUAUUUCCCGGUUAUGAGGGUGCUCGGCUUUCCGCUAGUAUAGCUGACUAAAAACUUGGGGCGGAAGAUGGAAUAAUCAUAAAUUAGCAUAAGAGUCAGUGAGGUUACUUUCACACUAUGCCGGAUAGUUGUUGCGCCGGCACGAAAACCAUACCGGCUCCCUGGUGUCAGCAGAUUUACUGCUUGAAUUUGUUCCUUUCAGGUGGCAUCAUGUGCUUCACUUGUCCAGUGUUUGACGAAGAGGAAAGCGGUUACAAGGAGAAAUGUGAGAGUCUGGAGAAGGAGGGAAAAUGGACUCUGGUCUCCAACAAGGAAGCUGAGUACUAUGGCGACAAAAUUCCUGAAGGGCGCGGCUAUAAAACCUGUCGAAUGCUGGUCUACAAAAAAUUAUAA